GCCCGACUUGACCUUGCGUGUUGAGAAAGUCUUGUCUUGGACUUGAAUCAUGUCUACAGGGAAAGAAGGACACAUUUUGUGCUUCUUUAUCAACGGCAAGAAGGUAACGGAGAACCAUGCGGACCCUGAAACCACGCUGUUGUCCUUCCUCAGAGGGAAGUUGCGGUUGACUGGAACCAAGUAUGGCUGCGGCGGUGGAGGCUGCGGGGCGUGCACGGUCAUGGUGUCGUGCUACCAACCGGCCACCAAAAGCAUCAUACAUUACUCAGCCAACGCCUGCCUCCUGCCGCUCUGCCAGCUUCACGGAGCCGCCGUCACCACUGUGGAGGGCAUCGGCAGCACCAAGACCAGGAUCCACCCUGUACAGGAGCGAAUAGCGAAGGCUCAUGGCUCCCAGUGUGGCUUCUGCACUCCGGGGAUGGUGAUGUCCAUGUACACUCUGCUGAGGAACAAGCCUCAGCCCACCAUGGAGGACAUCACACAGGCUCUGGCUGGUAAUCUGUGUAGGUGCACUGGAUAUCGACCCAUUGUUGACGGCUGCAGGACCUUUUGUCAGGAAGCCAACUGCUGCCAGGCCAAUGGAGGUGGAAACUGCUGUCUCAAUGGAGAAGAAGCUCCUGAUGAAUCAGAGCUUAGAAAGCCACAGUUGUUUGACAAGGAAGGGUUUCUGCCACUGGACCCGACACAAGACCUGAUCUUCCCUCCAGAACUGAUUCUGAUGGCAGAAAGAUCAAACCCACAGACUCUCACUUUUUUUGGGGAGAGGAUGAACUGGGUUUCCCCUGCCUCGCUGGAGGAGCUGGUCCAACUGAAGACCAGUAACCCUCAAGCUCCGCUGGUCAUGGGAAACACCAACAUCGGUCCCGAUAUAAAGUUCAAAGGCAUCCUGCAUCCUCUGAUAAUAUCUCCAACCAGAGUUAUGGAGCUGUUUGAGGUCACUCAGACACCACAGGGUGUUUGGGUGGGAGCGGGCUGCAGUCUGUCUGAGCUUCUGUCUCUUUUGGAGAAGCUGGUUCCUCAGUUUCCGGAGGAGAAGACGGAACUGUUCAGAGCCCUGAUCCAGCAGCUGGGGAACCUGGGAAGCCAGCAGAUCCGUAACGUUGCUUCUCUUGGGGGCAACAUCAUGAGUGUGCACCCAAACUCAGACCUGAACCCUGUUUUGGCUGCCGGGAGCUGCAAAGUGAGCGUUGUUUCCAAAGCAGGAGGAAGACGAGAAGUUCCACUUAAUCAAGACUUCUUUGUGAGCUUUGGAAAAACCAUCCUGAAGCCAGAGGAGAUUGUCGUUUCUGUCUUCAUUCCCUUUUCCAGAAAGGGGGAGUUUGUUCGAGCUUUCCGUCAGGCUCCGAGGAAGGAGAGCUCCUUCGCCACGGUGACGACCGGGAUGAGAGUGUUUUUCUCAGAGGGGUCCAGAGUGGUCCAGGAUGUUGGUCUUUACUACGGAGGGAUGGGGCCGACCACCGUUAGCGCUGCCAAAACCUGCGCAGCUAUCAUCACCAGGCCCUGGGACGAUGAGACCCUCAGCCGGGCCUAUGACAUCCUCCUGGAUGAGUUGGUCCUCCCUCCUUCGGCUCCUGGAGGAAAGGUGGACUUCCGUCGCUCUUUGACUCUCAGCUUUCUCUUUAAAUUUAACCUGGAGGUCCUGCAGAAGCUCAGAGAAAUGAAUGUAAUUACAGAUGAGCUUCCUGAGAAGAUGCAGAUCCAGCCUUUGCCCAGAGAGAUCCAACCCAGCCUGCAGGAGUUCCAGCAUGUGUCAGAGGGCCAGAGCGACCAGGACCCAGUAGGCCGCCCCAUUAUGCAUCGCUCUGCCAUCAGCCAGGCCACAGGGGAGGCCGUGUACUGUGACGACAUCCCCAGGACAGACGGGGAGCUCUUCCUGGCUCUGGUCACCAGCUCUCGAGCCCAUGCUAAAAUCACAGGGCUAGAUACGAGCGAGGCUCUGCGGCUUCCCGGUGUCGUUGAUGUGAUCACAGCCAAAGAUAUUCCCGGGAAGAAAGUCCGUACGAUGUUUGGUUAUAACGAGGAGCUGCUUGCUGAGAGCGAGGUGUCGUGCAUCGGUCAGAUGUUAUGUGCGGUGGUCGCUGAUACGAGGGCCCACGCCAAACGAGGAGCGGCAGCUGUGAAGAUCAGCUAUGAAGACCUGCCUGACCUGGUUUUCACUGCAGAGGAAGCCAUUGAGAAGUCGUCUUUCUAUGAGCCUCGCAGGGUGAUUGAGAGAGGAAAUGUGACUGAAGCCUUCGAAACUGUCGACCGGCUUUAUGAAGGAGAGAUUCGAAUUGGUGGUCAAGAGCAUUUCUACAUGGAGACCCAGAGCAUGCUGGUCGUUCCUGUUGGUGAGGAGAGAGAGUUCAAUGUUUAUGUCUCCACUCAGUGGCCGACUUUAACUCAGGAUGUAGUUGCGGAGACGCUUGACACCCCGUCCAACAGAGUCACCUGUCACGUCAAAAGGAUAGGCGGAGCUUUCGGCGGGAAGGUCACAAAAACCACGAUCCUGGCUAGCAUUACAUCUGUGGCUGCGUGGAAGACCAAUCGUGCCGUGCGCUGCAUCCUGGAGCGAGGCGAAGACAUGUUGAUCUCAGGAGCUCGUCACCCUAUCCUGGGCAAAUACAAAGUGGGUUUCAUGAAUGAUGGAAGGAUCGUGGCUGCAGAUAUCCAGUACUACGCUAAUGCUGGCCACACUGUCGAUGAGUCUCUUCUGGUGGCAGAAAAGAUUCUGCUUCACAUAGACAACGCCUACAACAUCCCCAACCUGCGGGGCCGUAGUGCAGCCUGCAGGACCAACCUGCCCUCCAACACCGCCUUCAGGGGCUUUGGCGUGCCCCAGAGCAUCACAGUGGUGGAGAACAUGAUCAACGACGUGGCUGUGGUGCUGGGACGCCCUGUAGACCAGAUUCGGGAGAUUAACAUGUACAAGGGGCUGGCAGUCACCCACUACAAGUUUGAGUUCAGCCCAGAGAACUUGCUGCGCUGUUGGGAGGAAUGUAAGGUCAAGUCUGAUUACAGCGCCCGCCGCAGAGCUGCUGACCAGUUCAACCAGCAGCACCGCUGGAAGAAGAGGGGCAUGUCCAUCAUCCCCAUUAAGUAUGGGAUUGCAUUUUCAGAGGGCUUCCUAAAUCAGGCUGCGGCUCUGGUCCACAUCUAUAAAGACGGCUCUGUUCUGGUUGCUCAUGGCGGAACGGAGAUGGGUCAGGGCAUCCACACUAAAAUGCAACAGGUGGCAAGUCGGGAGCUUCAUAUCCCGUCCUCAAAGAUCUACAUCAGUGAAACCGGCACCAACACCGUUCCCAACACCUGCCCCUCUGCUGCCUCCUACGGUACCGACGCCAACGGCAUGGCGGUCAAGAAUGCCUGCCAGACUCUGUACCAGCGGCUAGAGCCAAUCAGGCAGAAAAACCCCAAAGGAUCAUGGGAGAGUUGGGUCGAAGCAGCAUUUUUUGAGAAAAUCAGUUUAUCAGCGACUGGAUUCUACAGGGGUCCAGAUCUUCACAUGGACUGGGACAAGAUGGAGGGGCAGCCUUUUUCUUACUUUACAUUCGGAGUGUGUUGCUGUGAGGUGGAGCUGGACUGCCUCACAGGAGACUACAGGACGGUGAGGACAGACAUUGUGGUUGACAUCGGGAGAAGUGUGAACCCCUCAGUGGAUAUCGGCCAGAUUGAGGGGGCGUUCACGCAGGGUUUAGGUCUCUUCACACUUGAGGAGCUGAAGUUUUCCCCCUCUGGGCUCCUGUACACUCGAGGUCCAUCUCAGUAUAAGAUCCCUGCGGUGUGCGACAUGCCCCUUCGCUUCAACGUUUAUCUGCUGUCAGACUCCCACAACCCCCACGCCAUCUACUCCUCAAAGGGUAUUGGAGAACCCAUCCUCUGCCUGGGCAGCUCAGUGUUCUUUGCCAUCAAAGACGCUGUAGCUGCCGCCCGCUCAGAGUCCGGUUUAGUCGGACCGUUUUCUCUGGACAGCCCCGCGACACCGGAGAGGGCCUGUCUGGCAUGUGCCUCCCCAUUCACGCAGAAGAUUCCAGCCAGCAAACCAGGAUCUUUCAAACCAUGGGCUUUAAACAUCUAACGCUGGAUCUGUGAUUUUUAACGUGAUCAAACGAAAGCUAAACUGAAGUAAAAUGUAGCUAACAACCAUUAAGUAACAGUUACUUUACUAAUACUCUAAACUUUCUUCACAUGUAAAUCUGAAACAAACAAAUGAGAUUUCCGUCGUAUUGUUCUUUGCAUAUGUAUUCUCAUUUUAACCGUGUAUAACAUGAAACAGAUGCUUUAUGAACAUGUGAAUUUACAGUGAUUAUAGUUUUGCUUGUGCUGUGAUCCUGCCUUAUCACUUUAUCAAUAACAGAAGAAUAAAUCAUGAAGCAGUCAUUGAACACAUUCAAUAAAUUCAGUGUU